UUUUAAAUAGCGGGAAACCAUAUUCAGUUGCAUUGCAAAUUUGAAAAAACUUUGGAGUGACAUUCUAGUGUUCUACUUUGAAAAUGAGCGAUUCGAAUGCACAAGUUCCUGUUCCGCAUUCUGUAGAGCAGUUGAUACACGAAAUCUGUACGAACCAGAAAAAACAGCCACCUGAUGCCGAAGCAAGACACGCACUCGCUUCUCUCGGCGAAGAAGAAGCUCUCAAUGUUCUCCGUACAAUCGCCGGCCAGACAAUUCGUUAUUCGUUUAGUGGCUUCAUAAAGUACUUGAUCAACCAACGCCACAACAACACAAACGGUUCCCCCCAGAAACGCCUCUGUCUUUCUCCCUCACACUCUCAAAAUCGGAGCCCCGUCAGUGUCGUCCGUUUCAUGAAUCGUUCUCAAGGCCCAAAUGAUGGUGUGAGUCACCCUCCAGUUCCGGAGCCCCCAAGAGGCUCCCCUUUGAGUUCGAGUACGAGUUCACGCAUCGAAGGUAACCGAGCAUUGAUUCCUCAGUACGUUGCGUUGGGAGAAUUGGAGUUCAGGAAGGCUUUUCUUAUUUUAAGUUACAUCGGGAAGAAAAAAUUGGAAGACGCAAUGACUGCUGAUAAAAUUCUGGAGCUGAAAGAUUUAUCAAUGGUCAGAUUUGAGUUGGAGCUUUGGAAAGCUUUCGGAAAUGAUAUGGACCAGAAAGACCGACUGCCCAUAUCAUAUUCUUGUGUCUGGGAUUCUGGAAAAACACACAUCUAUCAUUGUCAUGUAUCCCCUGAUGGCAGUUAUACUUUCAAGGGCCCUUAUCUAAAUCAAACAAAAACUCACUUACAAAGAGAACUGGGAGAUGACAACGUUCUCAUGGUCAAGUUCGAAGAAGACAGUUCUACUAGCCAUUAUGAUGUAUACAGAAAGAUUGGAAGAGAAGGGAUCCUUGUUGGUCUGCGUCGCUACCGGUUUUUUGUGUUUAAAGAUGGAGGAAAAGAAGAAAAGAAGAAGGACCCAACAUCAUCAACUGUCAAGUGUUAUUUUGUGCGCUUGGAAUCUGAUGCAACCAUUGACAAUGGUCAACGUUAUAUUUUAUCUGGAAAAACAGUCUGUGAAGCUAGAGCCUUAUUUAUGCACGUUCACACUGUUUCAAAUAUGGCAAACUAUAUGUCACGGCUUUCUCUAAUUUUGUCCAAGACUAUGAAGUUGGAGUUGGAUUUUUCGAAAGUAAAUGUUGAGACAAUUGAAGAUAUACCUUGCUAUGAUCAAGAUGACAAUCCUGUCUAUAAAGAUGGGAAGCUUCUUAUACAUACAGAUGGAACUGGUUUUAUAUCAGAGGACUUGGCUCUGAAAUGCCCAAAUAAUAUCUUUAAAGGGAAGUGCAAAAAUGAUGACAGCAUUGAGAGAUUUGCUAAUGGGAAAGAAUUUGAAGGGAAGUUUUGUGAGGGGGAUCAGCAAGAAUCUCACAGUGGGGUACCACCUUUGCUAAUGCAGGUCCGUCUCUUCCACAAAGGUCGUGCUGUCAAAGGAACUCUGCUGGUGAACAAGAAGCUUCCUUCUCAAACUAUUCAGAUCAGACCUUCAAUGAUUAAAGUUGAGGCAGAUCCAAAUCUGUCUGGUACUCAGACAAGCAAUUCAUUGGAAAUAGUCAAUACAAGCAAGCAACCAGGAAAGCCGUCUCUAUCUAGGCAUUUAAUUGCAUUGCUUAACUAUGGAGGGGUCCCAGAAAGCUUUUUUGUGGAUAUAGUGAGAAAUGCUUUGGAAGAUGCGCACAGUGUCUUCUCCAAUAAACGGAAUGCCUUAAAAGUUUCCCUAAACUAUGGAGGGAUGGAUGAAUUCAUUGUGGCGAGAAUGAUUUUAUCUGGGAUUUGUCUUGAUGAACCAUAUUUGAAGUAUCGUCUGUCUAUACUUCUGAAGGAGGAAAAAAAGGGUCUUCAAGGUGGAAAGCUUCCUGUAACUGAAAGUUAUUACUUAAUGGGGACAGUCGACCCUACUGGAAUCCUGAAGAGUGAUGAAGUUUGCAUCAUACUGAAUGAUGGCCAAGUUUCUUGGGAGAAGGUUUUAGUUUAUCGCAAUCCUGGUUUACAUUUUGGAGAUAUCCAUGUCUUGAAGGCUAAACACGUGAAAGAAUUGGAUGACAUUGUUGGAAAUGCUAAGUAUGCUAUAUUCUUUCCUUGCAAAGGUCCACGGUCUGUGGCAGAUGAGAUAGCAGGGGGGGAUUUUGAUGGUGAUAUGUUUUUCGUUUCAAGGAAUCCUGAGGUGAGCCUUAUUUCACUUUGUUCUUUAUGA